AUGACUACUGGUAGGAUUCAAUUUGCCGUUUCUACUCCUUGUAAUGCUAAGGGAAAACCAUCGGGAUAUAGAAUAUUUGAAUUCAAUAAUGGCCGGCUUGCGCUGACACCAUCAGAGAGGGGCUGUACCAAAGUGGACGUGAAUGCAAAUAUACAGGCAUUCUGUUACUUAAGGCCCAAUGGGAGAGACACAUCGACAUCAUCAGAUACAGCCCACAUUAUGGAUUCGAGUGAUUACAUGAUACUGGCAAAGUCCAACGGGUUUAUUGAAAUCAUAAGCAACUACCAAUACAAGAUAAGAAGUGGCCUACGAUUAACGCCUUCCUUUAUCCUUAGAUGUACCCCAGAAGACUUUGAGUCAAAUUUCUUCAGUGACUAUAUGAUUGCCGGUCUUGAAUAUAGCCAAGGUUUGUUAUAUUGCUGUAUGUGCUCCGGCAGAAUAUACAUUUUUGUAAUGAACCUUCCAUCGGAUUAUAUCCAGUUCAAAAACAUGUACAAUCCUAAAUUUCCAGAUUGCUUCUUUAACAAGCAUGAACACACCAGUACAAGUCAUUCUUCAGAGGAAGAAAAAAUAUUUGAAGGCCGUACGCGGUAUACCGGACGAUCAUACUCCAAGCACAUUUGCUACUUUCUUUUACCUAUAGAACCGUCUCAUCUGAGAUCAUCACCUGUAGUAUCAUCGUUUUGCAAUAUGUAUCAAGGCCUGCCCAUAUAUAGGCCUUCGAUGUAUUUACAUAUAGAACGAGGUAUUUCUACAUUCCACAUAAAUCCAUUGGACCGGUUUUGUUUCAUGACUGUGUCACCACGAUCGCCACUAUUUAUGAGAAAGAUAAUACUGCCAUUAACAUACGUUACGUUUUUAAGCACUUUCAUUGAUCUGAAGAAUAAAACACAAGGAGGAAUAUGUGGUGAAGUGCUCUCGUGGGACAAUAUAGCGCAACAAAACGGAUUCGGGUCUUUGUUUAGUUGGAUUAGCAACAAAUUCACGGUCGAUUCUGAUAUCAUAAAUUCCACCAUCUGGGAUGACAUUGUAAGAUAUUCAGGAACAGGGAUGUUAGAUUCAGGUAUCGUAUGGAAACAACGCCAAGGUCACGCCAAAGAUGAUAUUUACGAUUUAUUUCAUACCCAAGAUAUGUUAGAUAGUAGCCGCCGGAACUCUUCAUUCAGCGCUACCAGUAACGAACCAAGGCCUUUAAGUAGAAGGAGAAGAGAGUCUUUUCAAGGUUUAACCAGGGACGCUUUCAGAGAGACAAUGGAUGUACCGUGCUCAACAAAAUGGGAGUUGGAUUCAUUCAUUCGAGGUCUAAGAAGAAAUACGUUUAUGAUAGAUUUUGAAAUCGUAGAGAAAAUUUCUCAUAGAAGUGGGAAUGAUGGGAUGAAUGAGGAUGAUAGCAAUGAAGAUGAAAGUGACGAAACAAUGACCUCAUUUCUAACGGAUAAUUACAAGAAAAUGGACAUUGUGUGCAUUGAUCAUUUUGUGACGUUAAGUGCAUUUCGACCUAGAUAUUAUGAUGAACCGAUAAUAAAGAUUGAUUCGUUAUCAAAUAAAAAUGGUUCUGAGAAUAUGACUUAUAAAAGAGCUGAGCAAAACCAAAUAGACGUUGAUGAGCAAAUGGCAAAGAAUGAGACAGUUCAAUUUCAGCAGGCGUUAGGUGAUUUAUGUUCCUUUAAGAAACUGUUCAUGUUGGAUGAUUCUUUGUGUUUUAUACUGGACACACACGGGGUUUUACUAAUAAACAGAUUCGAAAUUGAAAACACCAAGAAUUUACUAAAGAAUGCCAAGGGUACAGUCCGGAUAAUACCUUAUGAUUUCGGAUUGAUUAAUGAUGCGAUAGUGGUAAUCGAUGAUAUAUAUGCGGAUCCGAACAAUGUUUCCACUUUGACGUUUCAUUUAGUAGCAACAUCAAUGGCAGGAGAGAUAACUGUAUUUAAGGGCGAGUUUCUUAACGAUUCCAGGCUAGGGAAAUUACAACUAUGCGACUCACUAAAAUUGAACAGAAAAGAUCGGUUUGUGGACAAACUUGCAUUAAUUGAUUAUGAUGGUGGUCUCAAUACACUGAAGAGGAAAUUCGGCUACGACAAAAAGAACUCGUACGCAUUCAUUGUGAAAAAAGUCAAAAAAGAUUAA